ACCAUCUAUCAUCUGCCAUGUCUGCGGUUCCUGUAGUGCAGUCAGCCCCGGGGCUGUGUGCGCUGUCUGUCCUCUGCUGCCUGACCCUGGCCUGCUCCUAUGUGGGCAGCCUGUAUGUGUGGAAGAGUGAGCUGUCCAGGUAGAGGGAGAGGGCAGGGGCUGCAUCCCUGUGCCACCUGCUGUGUGACUCACUGCUGUGUUCUCUCCUCAGGGACCACCCUGCAGUCAUCAAGAGGAGGUUCACCAGCGUCCUCAUCGUGUCCUCCUUGUCACCGUUAUUUCUCUGGCUCUGGAAGGAGUUGACUGGCAUCAAGAUGCCGCUAUACUCUCUCUUAUGGGUUUCCGUCUAGAUGGGAUCUUCACAGCAACCCUAUUACCACUGCUGCUCACUAUGAUUUUGUUCCUUGGCCCUCUCGUCCAACUCUCUUUGGAUUGCCCGUGGGGUCUUCUUGAUGGCUUAAAAGUUGCUAUCGAUCCUCGUUUUUGGGUGCUCUGUUUCACUGACAUGCGAUGGCUUCGUAACCAGGUGAUCGCCCCUCUUACAGAGGAGUUGGUCUUUAGAGCCUGCAUGCUGCCUAUGUUGGUACCGUGUACUAGUCCGGGGACAGCUAUUUUUACAUGUCCGCUGUUUUUUGGCAUUGCUCAUUUUCAUCAUGUCAUUGAACAGCUGAGGUUUCGGCAGGGAACUGUUCUGAGCAUAUUUCUGUCUGCUGCUUUUCAGUUUUCAUACACUGCUGUGUUUGGCGCCUACACAGCAUUUAUCUUCAUAAGAACAGGACAUUUCAUCGGCCCUGUUCUUUGCCAUUCCUUCUGUAAUUACAUUGGAUUCCCAGCCAUCUUUACAGCUUUGGACCACCCACAACGUGCAACUAUUGUUCUCUUCUAUGUGCUGGGAGUUGUCUUGUUUUUCUUGCUUCUAUACCCUAUGACUGAUCCCACCUUGUACGGGGACAUUCCUAUCUGCUAUUUACUGGACACGGGGUCCACGGACCAUCGUUCUCUUUGUCUAUGACCCUAAACGCUUCUGAACUCCAUGGCUGGAAAACACUGAGGGGGUCUACUUUGGUGAACAUUUUUCAUCCACUGGUGAAAUAUCUUGCACCAAGUGAACCGCAUACCUGAUGUGGCUGGUAGGACUUUAUCAUAGAUACUGCUUGAACCGAUGAUUGUUAGCAAGAUGAACAGUUUUGUGCAAGCCAUCUUUAUAAUGAAAGAAAACUCCUCUUAUUUUUGGAAGAUGUACUGUACCUCUUCAAGUAUACAGCUGAACUUGCACAUCUAUUAACAUUUUUAGGACUAGGUGUUUGUCGCCACCAGAUGUCAUAUAUUUUUGGAUGUACAUUUAUUCCAUAUUGUUCUAUUUUUUUACAUUAGAUGUGGGUUCAGACAUAAAUUAUCAGCUUUCUUGGUGGCAGGAAGGGAUUCUCUAGAGAACCUGCCGACGGACAAUGAAAAGUUUACACCUUUAUUUCUAUAUAAUCUUCUACAGGAGAUCUAAUUUCUAUACUUGAUUUUAACUUUCAUUAAUGUUGGAAUAUUGCCAAAUACCUAUUUUUUAUGCAAAAAUGUCCAAAAGCUGCUGCAAGAUCUUGCUAACUAAAGGGAUAAUGCAUUUGUUAGCACAACAUUUGGUGUUACAUUGAAAAUGGUGCAUCUGCUGCUACUGAAUGUCUUUUUAAACUUUGGUUGAACUGCAUUCACAUAAAAGCAAUAUUGUGUGUU